AAAUACUAUAUUUUCUCUUUCUGUUCCUUCUUUCUAUCUUAUUCCUUCUAUCUUAUUUUGUUAAAGCUAGAAUAUUUUAUAACAUUGCUCAUUAUUCUUGUGUUGUUAUUUGGUAUGCCAUUAUUGUCAAUGGAGUAUCCGCUGCCAGUUUUCUUCCUUAUCUUGAUUCCAUUCUUCUUACUCAUCUACAAACAGCUUAUACAAAAAUCUCGAAACCUUCCACCAGGGCCUCGACCAUGGCCAGUGCUAGGAAAUAUUCUCCAGAUUGGGAAAAGGCCUCAUAUAUCCCUGGCAGAAUUUGCCAAAAUUCAUGGGCCCUUAAUUUCUGUCAAGUUGGGAACUCAAAUUGUUGUCGUGGCUUCAUCCCCUGAUUCUGCAGCUGAAAUCCUCAAGACUCAAGAUCGUCUGCUCUCGGCUCGAUCUGUGCCCAGAGUUGCUGUAUAUGAAGUCUCUGUUAUGGAUCAACACUCAAUUGUGUGGUCCAGUGAUUUGAGCAAUCACUGGAAGUUCUUACGGGCAUUUUGUAGAACACAUUUGUUCUCACCCAAAGCGGUGGAAUCACAGAUUAGUCUGAGGGAGAAAAAAGUGUCGGAAAUGAUAGAUUUUCUUAGGUCCAGGAAACGGGAAACUGUGAAGAUUUCUGAAAUUCUGUUUGGAACCAUUUUAAACACACUGGGCAACCUUUUCUUUUCAAAAGAUUUAUGUGAUUUGGAUUAUGAAAGGAACACCAGUGGGAUCAAACAUGUUUUAAGAAAAUAUAUAGAAUUGGGAGCUAUGCCAAAUAUAUCAGAUUUCUAUCCUCUAUUUAAUGCUCUGGAUCUGCAGAGAUUGAGAAAGCAGACUGAAAUAUAUCAGAAUCAAUUGAUCAACAUCUGGAGUGAAAUUGUAAAGGAAAAAAGGCAGGCAAUUAGUCGUCGUAGCUCUGAUUUUUUGGAUGUUAUGAUUGAUAGUGGAUUCUCCGAUUUACAGAUCAAUAUCUUAUUGAUAGAAUUAAUUGGUGCGGGUUCUGACACCACUACCUCAACAAUUGAAUGGGCAAUGACAGAAUUGCUAAGAAACAAGGAUGCUAUGCACAAACUUCAGGCUGAGCUUAAAAGUAAGAUUGGGGUAAAUCAUAUUAUCACAGAAUCCAACAUCACUGAACUUCCAUAUUUGGCUGCUUGUGUCAAGGAAACAUUGAGAAUCCAUCCACCUACUCCCUUCUUGAUUCCUCGUCGUGCUCCUGAGACGUGUAAGAUUAUGGAUUAUACCAUCCCAAAGAACGCGAGGUUGUUUGUGAACGUUUGGGCAAUAGGGCGUGACUCUAAUACAUGGGAAGAUGCAUUAUCUUUCAGGCCCGAGCGGUUUCUCGACUCGAAUGUGGACUUCAGGGGUCAAGAUUUUGAAUUCAUACCAUUUGGCGGAGGGAGGAGAAUAUGCCCUGGCUUAGCAUUUGCUAGGCAAGAAAUACACUUGAUUUUAGCUAGUUUGAUCCAUUACUUUGAGUGGUCACUUCCCAAUGAUGAGGAUCCAAUGCAGUUAGAUAUGGAAGAAAAGUUUGGUGUUACUCUACAGAAAGAAAAGCCUCUACUGAUUAUCCCUAUGUAAUAUGUGUAGCUUUUUUCUCUCCAUAUGCAACAUGUACACUUACAAAUAAAAACUAGUUGCCUCAAAUUGGUGGUUCCUUACUGUCUUUACUUGGCAUAUCAAAUUUCCAUAUUUCAACUAUUUAUGUAUUCUUAUCAUUUUAAACAUGUAAAUCCUCAUUUUCCUUAAAUUAUGCUCCAAAGCAAUGUGAUUUAUGUGUAUGUAUGCCGUAUGUAUUA